AUGGCUGCCUGGGUGGCAGACUCUGAGGCCCGCGAAUGUUUUGCAUGCGCUGAGGCCUUCUCAACUUUAAGAAGGAGACACCACUGUCGCCUUUGUGGGGCUGUCUAUUGCGGCCGUUGCUGCUGCUUGUCAGUGCUCCCAGUUGCAGCGCAGCAAGACUCAAGCAGCAGCAACAGCAGCAGCAGCAGCAGCAGCAGCGGCACCAGCAGCACCACCAGCAGCAGCAGCACGCGCCUCUGUCUUCGCUGCAUGCAGAAUGCUGAAACUCAGGCCUCCCUCCUCGAUCCCCUCUGUAAGCAACUCCACGGUCAGCAGCAGCACUUAGCUGUAUGUACACCGCAGCAGCAGCAGCAGCAGCAGCAGCAGCAUACCCAGGCGUCCCCAUCGUCUCAAAGAGGCCUGCUGAAGCCCCCUAGCAGACAACAGAAGACACCAGCGCCUGUUGCUGCUGCUGCUGCUUCCAAACAAACUCAUAGCUGCACCAGUAACAGCAGCAGUAGCAGCAGCAACAGUAGCCCCGGCAGCAGCAGCAGCAGCAGCAGGGAUGACAGCGUUGCAAAUGGGGUGUACGCGCUGUCUCUUUUGCGGCGCAGUGUGAUAUCUCGCUGUCUGCUGCAGGGACUUCCAGCAGCAACAGCAGAGGUGCUGCUGCGGCUGCUGCUGCCUGCUGCUGCUGCUGUUCGUCUGUCUCCUGACCCGAUAAUUUGUCUUGGGGAUGUUGUGCAGAUUUGCUGCUUCAAAGGAGACUCGCUGCAGCAAUCGGUUGCCUUCCCGGGGCUGCUGCUGCCGCUGCAGCUGAAGCAAAAGCAGCAGCAGCAGCUGCUGCCGCUGCGCUGCGCUCGUGUGUUGCUGCUGCACGGAGACCUUCAAGGGGGCCCCGCUGCAACAGAGGGGCCCCUCAGUUCGUUUACAGAUUUAGCUAUUGAGAAGAGGAGACAGCAGCUAGCACUGAAGCUGCUGCUGCAGCAACUCGCGCUGCUGCAGCCAGAUCUGCUGCUGCUCUCCGGGUCUCUCUCCUUGUCUCUGCUGCUGCGCCUCGCCUCUAUCAACAUUGUUGCUGUUCCUUGUGUCUCCUUUCUGUCUCUUAUCCGAGCCAGUAGGGCAACAGGGGCCCCCAUCUGGGCGUCUCUUGAAUUAGCAGUAGCAGCAGCAGCAGCAGCAGCGGGACAGCAGCAGCAGCAGCAGCAGCCAGUCCUUGGCAGCUGCUCCGUAAGAUGGGGGGCCCCCACCCCGGGGGCCCCCCCUCAUCUCAUUCUCUUCGACUGUCUUCCUUCUCGCUUCUGGACAAUCUGUCUUGUGCUGCCUCCUGCAGCAGCAGCAGCAGCAGAACCAGCAGCAGGAACAGUAACAGCAGCAGCAGCAGCAGUUCAGGAAAGGCUGAAAGAAGAGACAUGCAAAAGAGUUCUGUGGAGGAGUCUACUUGCUGCCUUUGCCCUGCAGCAGGAGCUGCGGUUUGUUGCUGCUUGCUGCUGCUGGGCGGGAGACACUUCAGGCGUCUCCUUUAAUGAAGCAGCAGCAGCACAACGUCUGCUGCUGCUGCCAGACGAGCCCUGGGGUCUUGACUCAGAGGAAGCAGAGACACAACAAGGAGACAGAGAGGAGGAGCUGUCUCUCUUCCUAUGCAGCAAAACCACCGCAGCAGCAGCGCUGCUGCAGCACGAGCAGCAGCAGCAGCAGCAGCUGCUGCUGCAGCAGCAGCAAGAGCCACAGCAGCACCAAAACGGACGCGCCAACGGCGGCGGCGACAGCGGCACCUGCAGCAGAGACGCUGCUGGUUCUGCUGCUACUGCUGCUGCUGCUGCUAGUACUGCUGCUGCUGCUGCUCGUACUGCUGCUGCUGCUGCUACUGAAAUCGAAGCAAUAAUGGAGACCAGCUUCCGCGGGAGACACAUAAGAGAAUGGCUGCAGUGCUGCUGCACUUCAUUGGGUUCAGGGGGCCCCUCGGACCUGCUGCGGCGUCUGCUGCAGUGUAUGCACAGCUUGGAGAAGUCUCCCUUCAGCAGCAGCUCUCCUCGAGGUACAAGAGCAACAGCAACAGCAGCAGCAGCAGCAGCAGCUGCUGCUGCUGCUGCUGCCGCUGCAGCGCAACCCCAAAUGCUGUUACAUGGAGAGGGGCCUUUUGAAUGGCAGCCUUUUGCUGCUGCACUGCCACUCCCUCCCCCAGCAGAAGCAGCAGCAGCAGAUGAAACAGCAGCAGCAGCAGCAGGCGGAGCAGCAGCAGGAGCAGCAGGAGCAACAACAGAAGAAGAGACAGAGGAGGUUAGCAGCAGCUUACCAUUGCGUUUGCUGCUGCGGGCCUUUGAUCUGGGUUUGGAUAUGCUGCCUGUGGGGUGUAUAUGGAGCUGCGGACUGCAGCAAUGCUCUCAGGGCGAUGGGGUGUCUGCGGAGCUCAUUGUAGGAGGGCCUCCUUGUUCUGCUGCUGCUGCUGCUGCUGCUGCUGCUGCUGCUGUUGCUGGUGAUGCUGAUGCAGCUGCGCUGGGGUUGAGUCCAGCUGCUGCUACGCUGCAUACAGCUGCUGCUGCUACGCUGCAUGCGGCUGCUGCUGCUUGGUGCCGCUUGCUGCUGCAGCACCCCACAGCUCGCAGCUGCCCAGCAGGAGACAGCCGCUGCAGGAGACAGCUGCAGGAACAUUGUCUCGCUUUUACUAGAGACACCAACCGCGUUGUCCUCACCUUUAACGAAGGGCUGCCUGGGCCUUCUGGUGUCCCCUCUCCUGUGCCUACCCCAAUGCUGCGCUUCAGCAAGAAUGAGCUGUCUCCUUUCGUGUCUCUUUCCCCUCUCCCUCCAUCCAAAGCGGCGCCGGCGCAGGCGGCUGCAGCAGCAGCUACAGCAGCAGCAGCAACAGCAGCAGCAGCAGCAGCAGACGGAUCUUGUAACGUGCGGGAGACCCCCCUGUCGGGCAUAAAGCUGCAGCACAGCCUUAACGGCGCAGUAGCUGGAGCAGCAGUAGCAGGUUCAGGCGGAGGUGCCGGAGCAGCAGCAACAGCAGCAGCAGCAGCAGCAGCAGCAGCAGGAGCGCUGCCUGAAGUUGUGUGGUGGCAGUCGUGCAGCCGUUGUGGGGGGGGCCCCCUGGGGGCCCCCCAAGACCUCCGAGAGUUCGGUGAUAUUCCUUUUGUCCGGUUUUUAGAUUUGCUGCUGACAGAUAAUACCCUAAAAGGAGACGGUACCCGCAGCAAAAUCCAGCAGGAGCAGCAGCAGCAGCAGCAGCAGCAGCAGCAGCAGCAGGUAGAGAGAGAGGGGGGAGCAUGCCGUUGCCCCCAUUAUGUGUUCAGAGACAGGGCCUUCCAUUUUGCAUCUGGAAACGCUACGCUGAAGUUCGAGCACCAAAGCGUCUCCAUUUAUUCAAUCUGCAGACACGGAGACUCGCAGCAGCUGCUGAGGCCCCCGUUGCCAGCAGCAGCAGACGCAGCAGGCGCAGCAGACGCAGCAGCAUCAGACACAGCAGCAGCAGCGAAGGUGGGAGGCGUAGCACCAGCAAACGCAACAGAAGCAACAGCAGCAGCAAACGAAGACAAAGCAGCAUCUGCCGAGGGCCCAGCAGCAGCAUCACCAGCUCUAGCAUCAGCAGCAAAUACCGCAGCAGAAUCAGCUGCACCAGCAGCAGCAGCUGCUGCUAAUCCUGCUGCUGGUGUCUCCUUGCAGCAGCAGGGAGACACCUGUCUAUCAGGGGGCAUUUGCAGCAGGGCUCGUUAUCUGCUGCUCCGUGCAGCAAACGAAGCCUCGUGGGCUGUGCAAGGACGGAUGCUGUUGGUGUCUGUUGCUGCAGCAGUUGAGAAGCAGGUAGCAGCAGCAGAGAAGCAGCAGCAGCUGCUGAUAAAGGGGGCCCCCUAUGCAGCAGUCUCCUUACCUAAGGGGCCCCCUGGGGGGCCCCUAGGGGGCCCCCCAGGGGGCCCUCUUUGGCAGCUAUGGGCAGAGGUGUCUCAGCUGCUGGUACACCACAAACGCAGCCUGCUGCUGCUGCAGCAGCAACUGCAACAAGCAGCAGCAAGCCUCCUUCUGCUCUGCUUCUCGCUGCAGCAGCUGGCUGUUCCUGGUGUGUCAGUGCAGCAGCAGCAGCAGCAGCAUCAGGAAAAACAGCAACAGCAGUGGAGCAGCAGCAGCAGCAGAGAAGACUGGAUGGCAGCAGGCAGGGACGGGGCGGGUCGAGCAACAGCAGCAACAGUAGCAGCAGCAGCAGCAGCAGCAGCAGCGAACAGCGACUGCUGCUGCUGGAGAGCAGCUGAGCGGCUGCUGCGAGUCACUGCAUAUUCGUGGUAUUACCUCAGCCAAUACUUCGCUUCUUGCUGCUGCGCCCUCUCAACUCGUUUUGCUGCUGCUGCAGAGGAGGCCCUGAAUAGAGCCCAUCUGCCUGAGGCCCCUCCCCUAUCGGGGCUCGCAGCUGCAGAUGCCUCAGCAGCAGCAGCAGCAGCAGCCGCAGCUGUCGCUGCUGCUGCUGCUGAGGAGGAGGGAGAGGCCCCUUUAAGGGCAGGAGGCUUUCUCGUGCUGCCGAGCUGUGGGACGGACUUGUUGCAGUGUGGGCCUGAUGUAGCAGCAGCAACAGCAGCAGCAGCUGCAGGAACAAGAGCAGCAGCAGCAGCAGCAGCAGCAGCAACAGCAGCAGAUGUGAGGCCAAGUCAAAGGAGCGGGAUCUCGUGGGUUGCAGCAGCAUCUCCCUUUUUGCUGCACCCGCCUGCCGCAACACCAACAGCAACUGAAGCAUCGGGGAGUCUAUACACUGCAAACUCAAAAGGACCAGCAGCAGCAGCAGCAACGCCAGCAGCAGCAGCACCAACAGCAACACCCGCCCCAGAAACAGCAGCAGCAGCGGCGGCGGCGGCAGCAGCAGCAGCAGCAGCAGCAAGACGCCGCAGUGUCUCUUGUGAAGUCUUAUGGCGUAUGUCUAACAAAGUAGAAACCAAAGGCACUCAGGGUACACCUCCUAAUACAAGGGGCCCCCUAGGGGCCCCCGGGGGGGCCCCAGGAGAGGCCCCUGGGGGGGCCCCCGUAGGGGCCCCUAGGGGGGCCCCCAAAGAGGCCCAUAGAAAGGCCCCAGGAGGGGCCCUUAGGGGGCCCCUAGGAGGGGCCCCUGGGGGGGCCCCUGGAGGGUCCCCCUUGCAAGCCUAUGGGGAAGCAGCAGCUAAAGAAAAUUCUCGGAAGGAGGACUGCGUGCCCUUUGAAACAGCAACAGUAGCAGCAGCAGCAUCAACAGCAGCAGCAGCAGCAGCAGAAGACCCAAAGCAUACCCAAUCCGACAGCAACUGCGUUGUUUCAUAUGAAGCAAAGGAGCAGCUGGGGUCCCCCCCGCUGCCUCCAGCAGCGUCAGCUUCCGCAGCAGCAGCAACAACAGCAACAGAAGCAACAACAGCAGCAGCAGCAGAUGCUUCACAGCAGCACCAUGAAAAGAAGUGUAGGAGACAGCUGACGGAGUUGUCUUUUAAAAGGGGGCCCCUGGGGCCCCUAAACUCGGGGGCCCCUCCAUUAGGGGCUUCGCAGCAGCGCAGUCUGCAGCGGGAAGCGUGGCGGCCGUUGCUUGGUGCUGCUGCUGCUGCAGCUCCUUCUCCUGCUGCUGCUGCAGCUGCUGCUCCUGCUUCCGCUGCUGCUCUCCUGGGGAGGGGACCCGGUAGUGGGCUGCGCACCAUCAGCAGCAUCAGCAGCAGCAGCAGCAGCAUCAGCACGGAUUCUGUUUGUUUGGGGCGUUUGCGUCAGCUAACGUUAGAGACAGUGCAUGCAGUGGAGUCUGUUCGUGCUGCAGUGUAUGUGCAGCAGCACCAGGGCCUCCGCAGGUGUCUCUUUCCCAAUCAAGAAGGAGACGUGGGGGCCCUCAUAGCCUCAGCUAUCCUCAGUGCUGCUACAGCAAAGCAGCUGCAGCACCGCUGGGCCUCAGCUUAUAAACCUUUUGCUGCUCCUUGCUGCGGCGGCUUCUGCUCUCGCUGCAAGGCCUCCUCAGGGGCCCCCCAGGGGGCCCCCAUGGGGGCCCCCCCAGCUAACCCUUCUUUAGGGGCCCCCCAGGGGGCCCCCCUGAGAGAUCCUCCAGAGACGGCUUCUGCAGAUACCCCCUCCCUUGUGAGCUCGCUGGGUGGUUCAGCAGCAGGGACAUUGAAUGCAGGGGGAAGCCCUGCUGUUGCUGCUGCUGCUACUGCUGCUGCAGCAACGGCAGCAGCAGGGGCCCCGGAAGAGGAGACAGCCAACGGUGUUCGAUGCAAAUGCUGCAUCGGGAGAUGCGCUGUGGGGUUGAGCCGCAUGCGUAGAUUAGCUAGGGCUGGGGUUCGCAUGCAAAGGGGCUGGGGGCCCCCCGGAGGAGGAUUGGGGGGGGCCCCCUAUAAGGGCCCCCUUGAAGGGGGAGGCCCUAUAGGGUCGUGCAGGCGAGGCUGUCUGCUGCUGCCUUCCGUGCUGCAGCUGCUGCUGGAGGAGAUCUCUGAUAAGCUGCGAUCAAAAGGAGACAGCUUAGGGGCCCCCCAACUGAAAGAGAGGGGCUUCAAUGUACACCAUAAUGCCGGGGGGCCCCCCGAUAAAGAGACUCUAGGGGGCCCCCUAAUCCCACAGACUGAUAUUUGCUGUGAGACAUUUCGGUGCUGUCUCUUUAUCCCUCCUUUCUGCUAUCUCCUGUCUCCUCCAGCAGCAGCAGCAGAUACAGCAGCAGCAGCAAAUGCAGCAGCAGCAGCAGGUGUGCAUCGAGAGGGUUUGCUGGGGGCCUCAUCAUGGGGGGUCCAGCAGCAGGGGCCCCCCUUCUUCGCCUCCCGGGGGGCCCCCCAAGCCGGUGGUGUAGCUGCAUGCGAUAGAGAGACUUUGCUGCUGCUGCGCUCCGUCUUGGAGGGCCCCACAGACAACAGCGAGCAGCACGUGCAGCUGCAACAACUCGGAGACAAUCAUACCCACUCUGUUACCCUGUUCUUUGCCCCGCAGGAGACAAAAGCAAAGAAUUAUUAUAUAGCAAUGCACAACCUCAGGUACGUACACCCCAACACCCCACACAAACUUCCUAAGAUAUUUGAUUUAAAGGGGCUAGGGCCUCAGAGAUACAUCCCCGAACCUCAAACAAAUGCAGCAGAUACCAGCAGCAGCAGCAGCAGCAGCAGCAGCAGCAGCAGCAGCAGCAGCGGCAGCGGCAGCAGCAGCAGCUGCUGCAACGGGAACGGGAGCGGUGCUGUAGGCGUAGCUGCAGGCAAGAUUCGCAUAGGGGCAGAGACGGCCCCACAGCAACCAGCAGCAGCAGCGGCAACAGAACCAGCAGCAGCAGCAACAGCAGCAACAGAACCAGCAGCAGCAGCAGAAGCAGAAGCAGAAGCAGAAGCAGAAGCAGCAAGGGGCUCAGAUGUAAUAGUGUCUCCUUUGCUUCGAGAGACAAGCAAACGGACAGUCUUCAUUGGAGAGACAGCACAAAGAGCAAACGCGCGAUAUUUACCUAUCCUUGACUCGGGUGGCUGUAGCGCAGCAGCAAACGCAGAUUUAGAAGCAGAAGCAGCAGCAGCAGCGGCAGCAGCAGAAGACGGAGUAUCUCCAGAAGCAACAACAGCACCCACAGCAGCAGCAACAGCAGCAGCACCAUCAGCGCCAACAGCAGCAGGACCAGCAACAGCACCCACAGCAGCAGCAACAGCAGCAGGAGCAGCAACAGCACCCCCAGCAGCAGCAACAGCAGCAGCAACAGCAACAGCAGCAGCAGCAGCAGCAGCAACAGCAACAGCAGCAGCAGCAGCAGCAGCAGGAAGAUGUGGGUUGGAGGUGCUUCCGGUGCAUGCAGCAUUAGAGAGGAGCCCUGUGCUAUGGGACCAGAAUUUUCGUUUAUAUUUACGGGGCUUUGGUUUGCGUUUAAGAGGCGAAGAUAUAAAUAAUUUAAGAGAGGCAUUUGAGAGAGAUUUGCUGCUGCUAGAAGAGCUAGAGGUUGUAGACUACUCUUUAUUAGUUGUAGUGUAUGAGGAGACACAAGAUAUUUGUCUGGGUCUCAUUGAUUUCUUACGUAGAUACACCUGGGAUAAACAAGUAGAAAAGUUUAGUAAAUCUAUUGCUUAUAUGACUACAGGCUUACAGCCUACGGUAAUUUCGCCGAAAGAAUAUAAAUUGCGUUUUAAAGAUGCUGUCUUGUCUUUGUUUGCUUCUUAUCACCCCCCCUCUCUUACUCUAAACAAACACUUCUUACAAGUACUAUUAAAACCUAUUGCUGGAUAUACAUAUGAUGCAAAUGCUCCUCUUGCUCCUGCUGCUGCUGCACCUGCUGCUGCUGCACCUGCUGCUGAGGGUGCGGGUGCAGCAGCAGGUGAGGAUGCGGAGGCUGCUGCUGAUCCUGAAGCUGCUGAUGCUGCUGCUGCUGCUGUUGCUGCUGUUGCAGAGGCGGCGGUGCGAUCAGAAGCAGCUGCUGCACCGACGCAACUAGCAGCACAAACAGGAGCAGCAGCAGCAGCAGCAGCAGCAAGAGCAGCUGGUUCAGGGGGUUUAAACGGGGGGCCCCCGUCGAGUGUCUCUUUAAGUGUCUCUAAAGGGGCCCCUCCCCCUUCGUUUGCUCGCUGUCUUGCUGCCAUUGUGCUGCAGCAGCAGCAGCAAGAUGCGGCAGGGGUUUGGGGGCCCUUCAGCUCUGCUGCAGCUGCGGAGACACCCCGAAAAAAAUAA